CGCGAGAUUUACCCAAUAUGGCUGCUAUCAUUUGCAACAGGAUUGGAUAUUGAUAAACUUCAUAAGAGAAACAACCGUAUUCUAUUUAUGGAUGGGUUUUAAUGUAAUAAUAUUUUCCUCUCAAUAAUACCGAUUUUAAAGAAGGUUCUAGAUAUAGAUCGACUUUAUAUAGAUCUAAUACAUGCAUAAAAGAGAUGUCUCUGAAACCCAGAAGAGUUGAUUUUAAUGCAACUUGGAAACUGUUGAAAGAAACUUUGGAAGGUGUUAUAACAUGUGGAUCUGUACAGCGAGUUACAUGGAAUGAUAGGUUUUCUGAUGUAUAUAAACUGUGCACCGCCCUUCCUGAGCCUCAUGGAGACAACUUGUAUCAAAGCACAAAAGAAUUUCUUGAGGAACAUGUCCGGAAUCUUCAUGCAGAAAUUUGUGAUGCUCGUGAUGAUCAUAUGCUUGAAACAUACCAUAAAAACUGGGAAAGAUUUAACACUGGUGCAGGAUAUUUAAAUCAGUUAUAUGGGUACCUAAACAAUACUUACAUAAAAAAACAAAAGUAUUCUGAUGCUGAUGUUAAUUAUGGAGUUUUUCCUGUUGAUGCUGAUUGUUUGCUAGAAAUAGGAGAGCUUGCCAAAGACACAUGGAAAAAUUUGAUGAUUGAUCCUAUCAAGAACAAGCUGGUUGUCCUGAUACUGCAAGAGAUUGCCAAAGACAGGAAUGGUUAUAGUGUUAACCAAACAGUUAUUCAUAGUGUUGUUACUUCCUUUGUUGAUGUUUCGGAGUACAAGAAAAAAACUCCACUAGAAUUAUAUCAAGAAAUAUUUGAAACCCAGUUUUUGAAAGAGACUGGUGAAUUUUAUCGCCAUGAGGCUGCUCGAUUGAAGGCAGACUGCACAUGUUCAGAAUAUUUAGAUAAAGUCAUACAAAGGUUAGACAAUGAAAAUUUUCGGAGUAGAAAGUUUUUACAUAGUACAUCUUACGUAAAAGUUACACAUGAGGUCCAGUCUAGAAUGGUGGCAGAUAUAAUAGAAUUUUUGCAUGGUGAGAGUAAAGAUAUGGUUGAGCAAGAAAGGAGAAAAGAUCUUACAAAUAUGUAUAAAUUACUAAAACCAAUCAGCAAGGGUCUUGAAGUGUUAGUUCGGGAAGUAGAAAGCCACAUUAAACAGCAGGGUAUGCAGUCAGUCCUCAGUCUUAAAAAUGAUCCAUCUUUUGUCGAAGCCAUGUUGAAAGUUUACCACAAAUUUCGAGAGCUUAUUAAUGAUGUCUUUAAUAAUGAUCAAGCUUUUACCGGUGCCUUGGAUAAAGCAUGUUCUGCUGUGAUUAACCAUAAACCUCAGACUUCACGAGCACCAAACAGAUCUCCUGAAUUGCUAGCCAAAUACUGUGACAAUUUGCUCAAAAAAAGCACAAAAGGUGUUGGUGAUGUUGAGCUUGAUGAGAAGUUGUCAGGCAGCAUUAUUAUAUUUAAGUAUUUGGAUGAUAAAGAUGUCUUUCAAAGGUUUUAUUCUCGUAUGUUGGCCAAGCGUCUUAUAUAUAGCCAGUCAGCCAGCAUGGAUGCAGAAGAGAGUAUGAUCACAAGGUUAAAGCAAGCUUGUGGCUAUGAAUUCACCAACAAACUUCACAGAAUGUUCACAGAUGUCAGUGUUAGCACAGAUCAUGUGAAUAAUUUCAAUGCUUAUUUAAAAGAUCUCAACACCACAUUAGGAGUUAACUUCAGUAUUUUAGUGUUUCAGGCAGGAGCUUGGCCUAUCACACCACAGACUAAUUUAUCUUUCCACAUACCACAACAGUUAGAAAAAAGUGUACGCUUGUUUGAGUCAUUUUACAAUAAAAAAUUCAAUGGUAGAAAGUUAACAUGGAUGCAAGCCUUAAGCAAUGUUGAGUUGAAACUGUGUUAUUUAAAAAAGUCAUAUAUAGUGACCAUGAGCACAUUCCAGAUGGCUACACUGCUCCCGUUUGAAAAUGCAGAUUCCCUUCCUUUCUCCGACAUUCGGACUAGCACUGAUUUGCCAGAGAAAGAACUUGUGAAACAGUUACAGACUUUGGUGGACACAAAGAUUCUCAACACCCAGGAUAAUAUUGUGACUGAGAGUUCAAUGCUUGUAUUAAAUUUGUCAUACAACAACAAGCGAACAAAGUUUAAAAUUAUGGCAGCAAUUCAGAAAGAGACACCACAGGAAGUAGAAAGUACACAUUCAGCUGUAGAUGAAGAUAGAAAACUGUAUCUGCAGGCAGCAAUUGUUAGGAUCAUGAAAGCUAGAAAAACUAUCAAACACAACAACUUAAUUCACGAGGUAAUAAGUCAAGCUCGGAGCCGGUUUAACCCAAGCAUAAGCAUGAUAAAGAAAAGCAUUGAAAGUCUCAUAGAAAAAGCAUAUCUUGAACGAGUAACAGGAACCCCAGAUGAAUAUAGUUAUAUUGCUUAGGUACAUUUUGUUUCAAUGUUUGAUGCUUAUCUUGCUAUACAAUGCAGUAUGUUCCUUUGUUUUUAUUGGCUUAAUAAAAUAUGCACACAUAUGAUAAAGCUAUCAGCAAAGAAUAACUCAUGAAUGUGUAAGAAUGUGCUAAAAUGUACUGUUGGCCAUCUGAUUCAAGGGUAAUGUUUGGAUGUAAAAUUUUCAAUGACAAUUUUUAACUGAUUAGUUGAAUUUCUUUAGAAUGUUAACCUAAGUUUUUAAAAGCAUUUAUGCCCUGUAAUGUAUAACCCCAUGAAUUUGAAAGAAAAAACAAUGGUCAUUUUUCACUAAAACCUUUCCAUUUACAUAGAUACAACACAUUAAAGUUUUCUUAUUCAUGUUAUGUUUCUUGUUACGUUACAAUUAUUAAUUAAAAAGUUAUUUAACAUUGAAGUAGUUUGGGUUAAAAUUAGAUAUUAUAGAACUCGUAGGUAAUUUAAAAAGGACUUGAGUUCUAAUGAACAUGAUGAAACUCGUUAUUUCUUAAAGAGCCUAAUUAUUGUAUUUGUAAUUCUAAACAGUCUUGGUAAAACGUUACGGGUUGCCAUCAUAAUUUAUUACCUGCUGCAACUACUUGUAAUAAUACAUUGUUGUAUUUGUUUUGAUUUAAGGCACAAAAAUAAAUAUAAGACAGAAUAAUGUUAACGUCUAGCAAUUAAUAGUGAAGAUGUAAAACUAAUGCUUGUCUCUAACUGGUUCUGAAGAGAGGAUGUUAUUCAUGCUGGUAGUCUACCAGCUUUAAUACUUAAAUACAUUUUACUAGCUUAAUGUCACUUUACAUUUGCAGAAUUAAACUUAGUCAUUUAUACAAGAAUGUCAUUUUUUAUGGUUUCUAUUAAAAUUACAAUUCAUAAAAAAGUCAAUUUGAUCUUCCACUAAAUUAAAAAUGUCAAGUUUUUGACUGCCUGCCUAAAUGUUUAAAUAUUUUAAACAUUUCAGGUUGUUUUUGUAAUGUAAACUUGUUUUAUUUCAUUUAGUUGCAAUGUGCCAUUUUCCAGUUAAAUAAUAGUUGUUGCUGUCAUCUUCAUUAACCAGAUUAUAAGAUUUUUCUUUUGUUCAACACAAAGUAUUUUUAUGAUCCAGUCAUUCUUUACUUGCCAGUCAUUUCAAUGAGUUAUUUCAAGUAAUGUUGUUCAAGUUUAUGUUUGACAUUUGAAGUAUGUGUUGGGAUUAUCUUUUGUUUAAAAAACUUUUAAAAACCUUAAGCUAUAAUGGUAGGCAAAUUUUGUUGUAAAUACCUAUAUUGUUUUUUAAAAUAUCUCUUGGUCAGAAUAAUAUAUAAGGUACUUAAAUAAAGCCUUCCAAUAAAGGGACACAAAAUUACAUUUGUGCUAAAAGUGCCUAAUUUUUAACUUGGGUUCUUUUCUAAUUUUGUGUUUCAACUACAGUAGAUUCAAUUACAUUUUAUUAUUUAAAAUUAAAUAACUUGCUCUAUUAUUUGCUUACUAAAAGAAAUAUUUGUGAUUCACUCUUUUAUGUUAGCAUUAAAUACAUAAGAUGAAAAUUACAAAAUGAUAAAAUGGUUUCUUUACAGCUGAUAUGUCAACAAAAAGCUAAAUUACAUCACCUAAAAUGUUGAGCUAAUUGCAUGAUGUUCACUAGUCCAAGUUUUGUAAUUUUUUAAAUGUCCUAUCUACUUCUAUAUUAGAUCUUCCUUGUUUCCCUUAAAAAUCUCUACAGUCUUAGUUGCUUCUCCUUCUGCCAGAAAUUCUGAUUGUUACUUGUUAGCCAGAAAUUUAACUUAUUCAUGUCAAAAAUGUCUCACUAAAAGUUUACACUUGAAUCCAUUUAAAAAAUUUUUCUUAACAUAAGGUUUAUCUUAACUACUACAUCAACAAGCAUUUCAUAAUGCUUUUAUUACUAGAAUAAUCUGUUUCUAAUAUGUCAUCAAUCUAUAAAAAUCCAAAAUUAUUUUGUUAAAUGUUUUAUUAACUCUAAAUCCCCUUUAAAUGACGCGGACAAACAACAAACUACCAAAUUUUAAAUUAUUCAAAAACUGUUUCCUCACCUAUUUAGAAAUGUGAAGUUUAUUUAUGGCUAUUUCGAGUUCCAUGAACAUCCAGGUGCAAUCGUGAUUUUAUGUUCUGUUUUCAGUUGGUUUUAAAUUUAUGUGUGAUACGCAUGAUAUCAUGUUUACAAGUUAGCAAAAGAUUUGGAACCGUAGUUUGAGUUGUUUGUAUGUUUCAGAGGGCUUGGAUCCUGGGUGUAUAAAUGUUUUCUAAAGCAAUGGUUGAUGAGAUUCUUUUUACAUUGUAGAUAUUAUGUAGAUCUUGAUUGUUAAUAUUUAAGGUGACCGUGACCUUGUUAAUAUUGAUGAUUCUCCUGUAUUAAAAUUAAAAGAAAUUGAA